AUGUCGGCAGCCUGCGAUGCCAGUGACGAUCAGUUUGGCCCUCGCGUUGCUACCAACUGUCGAGGGUUCGACUUUACUCUUCUUUUCGAGGAUGCUGUGCUCACAGUGAUACCAGCGGCCCUGUUUGCUCUCUUCCUAAUAGCGCGGCUGUAUUUCAUACGAAGAGAUCCAGUGAAAGUGGUGUCCUACAGACUGGCGGCGUAUAAACUGACACUCUUAACGGCCCUGUUUGUAUUGCUUGUUGUCUAUGCAGUACUACGCAUCAGGACGCCAGUUUUGCGUACCCCGUCGUCACUCGCAUCCGACAUUCUCAAUAUCAUUGUCACCGCUGGCGCCGUGGUUCUUUCGUUUCUGGAAGACCAGCGCUCCGCGCGGCCGUCAGACCUUCUGGUCAUCUAUUUUUCUGCUUUGGCACUUUUGGGGAUUCCCAAGCUGCGCUCAUUGUGGAUGAUUUCCUCAUCGGGCCCUUGUAGAGGCCUGUGGACGGCGAUAUACACCAUCACGGUCCUGGUUGCGUUCCUGGAAUCCACCAGAAAGGUGAGAAUUCUGCGUCCUUUGUAUAAGCAUGUCACAGCAGAACAGAUCAGCGGGUUCUGGUCUCGCAGCGUCUUUGCAUGGGUGGUGCCUUUCGUCCAAGCAGGAUACUCUAAAAUCCUCUCCGUUGGAGACAUGCCGGAGGCCGAUGAAAACCUACAAGGCGAUCUGACUCGCGAGAAACUGGACCAUGCCUGGGUGCGAUCAGAGGGGAAACAUCGCCUCAUCAAAGCUGUCUUCCGCGCAUACCUUUGGCCUACCCUAUCGGCAAUCGUCCCUCGUCUGGUGCUCAGUGGAUUCACCUUCUGCCAGCCAUUUCUGAUCACAGCGACUGUGGACUAUUUCACGGGAGACGCAAAGGAUAAGCCCAAGGAGUACGGGCAGGCAUUGGUGGGGGCCUUUCUGCUUGUGUAUAUGGGAAUCGCAAUAUCGACGGCUGUAUACUGGCGCCAAACAUUUCGCCUGGGCACUAUGGUGCGAGCAGGCCUCAUGUCAAGCCUGUACUCCAAAACCGUCUUCCUAGCAGCAGAAGACGUGAAAGGGAGUGCCGUUCUCACCUUGAUGGGAACAGACGUGGAACGGAUUGUCAACAGCUUCAGGUCGUUACAUGAAAUGUGGGCUUCGAUUAUCGAAGUCGGCGUGGCGCUCUAUCUUUUGGAACGGCAGGUUUAUCUGGCCUGUCUUGUCCCUGCAAUCAUUUCUCUGGCAUGCGUAUUUGGAACAGGCCCGAUAUCCUCACGAACUGCUCCAGCGCAGAAGGCUUGGGUUGAGAGAGUCGAAGAGCGGGUGUCUGUCACAUCCUCGAUGCUGAAAGACAUGAAAUCGGUCAAGAUGCUGGGGUUGACCGAGGUGUUUCUUGGCCUCAUCACCAAGCUGCGUGUGGCAGAACUGAAAACAUCUUCCCAGUUCCGCAAGCUGCUCAUCUGGAUGGUCCUCAUAUCAAACAUUCCAUUAACCUUUGCCCCAUAUGCAACAUUCGCCAUCUAUUCAAUCAUCUCCUUAGCCCGGAAUGAUCAGUCCCUCGUGGCAUCCCAGGCCUUCACUUCGCUCUCAUUGAUCUCGUUGCUGACAUCGCCGCUAUUGGGCUUUGUGCAAGCCGCGCCAUCCUUUAUUCAGUGCAUUGGUUGUUUUGAACGAAUCCAGGUAUAUCUAGAGAAAACGCCAAUCCCCGAUUCAUCGAGGAAUGAAAAGCUGGCAACCGAAUAUGCAGACAAGCCCCCAACGAUUCCUUCUGUGGUAUCCUUUAAAGAUGUAGACAUAAUGUGGUCAUCCGAUUCGGAAGCUGUGUUUCAAAGCCUCACCCUGGACAUUGGCAAGGGAAUCACAAUGAUUACCGGACCCGUGGGCUCUGGGAAAUCAGCCCUGGUAAAAAGUAUACUGGGUGAAAUGAAGGUGAGGAAAGGCUCUGUUGAUACUGCAUUCAGCAAUGUUGCAUACUGCUCUCAGACACCGUGGGUUGUGGACGACACUAUCCGACAUAAUAUCACCGGUGGGACAGAGUUCGAUGAGAUAUGGUAUGACUUUGCAGUUUCUGCAUCUUGUCUGAAGGAUGAUUUCCAGUCUAUCCCUGCUGGAGACAUGCAUAUUGCAGGGAGUAGUGGUGCCUCUCUCAGUGGAGGCCAAAAGCAAAGAUUGGCCCUUGCCCGGGCCAUCUACUCGAGAUUUCCUGUAUUGCUUCUUGACGACAUUUUCAGCGGCCUGGAUUCCAAGCGUAUAAGCGACAUAUCCGCGAACCUAUUUGCCGAGCAUGGAUACUUCCGCACCUCUGGAAAGACAGUAAUCCUGGUGACACAUACUGAUCGUCUCCUUCCAUUUGCCGAUAAUAUCAUUGUUCUGGAACAGGGUGCGGCGGUUUAUAAAGGUUCAUAUAAAGACUUCAUAGACCGUACGCCGGGUGCUAUGUUGAAGGAUUUGACAUUGACUCAAGAGGUACAAAUUGACUCUGAUACUGACAAGACUCCUGUAGAGGAAAGCCAAUGUGAUGCAGCUGGGAGCAGUCCAAUUGAUAUCAGUGAGAAUGAAGAUGAAGACGACUUUUCUCGACGCGACGGCAGCUGGGAAGUGUACACCUACUACACCAAGAGUGCAGGCCCCUGGAUUACUGCGACCUUUAUUGGCUCAUUCAUGAUCUCGAACUUUCUCAGUACCUUUUCCACCCUAUGGAUUCAAUGGUGGUCCGACUCGAAUUCGAAAGACCCCAACGGCAAGAUUGGUUGGUAUCUGGGGUUCUAUACCGCAUUCACAGUCAUCGGCACACUGUUAUUCUUCAUUGGCUGCAUCCUAUUAUUUAUUAACAUCAUCAAUGACACGGCACUCACCUUACACACUGAUUUGUUGAAAGCCACGCUCAAAGCACCGUGGAGCUUCUUCCAAACCACCAACGUCGGCACCAUGACCAAUCGGUUCAGCCAGGAUAUGGACCUCAUUGAUAUGAAGCUGCCUAUAUGGUUGAUCAACACCGUAGCAAAUGUCUCAAGCGCUGUCAUGAACCUGAUUCUUCUCUGUGUGAUUGGCAAGUAUAUGGCUGUCACAUUUCCAUUCCUAAUAGCCACUUUCGUUGUCAUCCAGCGCGUCUACCUGCGGACCUCUCGACAAGUGCGAUUACUCGACAUCGAAGCCAAAGCACCUCUGUACGCACAUUUUGUCGAGACCAUCGACGGGAUCACCUCGAUGAGAGCGUUUGGGUGGCGAGGGAGCUUUCAAGUGGAAUGCACCAAGCGGAUCAAUCAAUCCCAGAGGCCAUUUUACAUGCUGCUUUGCUUACAGCAGUGGCUCAGUCUGGUUCUGGAUCUCGUCAUCGCCGCCAUGGCCGUCGUUCUGAUGGGAAUUGCUACAUCGCUGCGAGAUCAAUUCAGUGCCGGUGGGAUGGGAGUCGCGCUGAACCUGGUGCUGAAUUUGAAUCAGAUUCUAGUGCUGGCCAUCCAGUCAUGGACACAGUUGGAAACGUCCAUCGGAGCGGUUACUCGCGUGCACAGCUUCCAGAAGGACACCCCUGGGGAGGAUGGCGUCCUAGAACCAGCACUCAGCGCCCAAGAAUGGCCAACCGAGGGCGCUGUCGCCUUUGAAGAUCUAACAGUGGCUUACCAUGCUGACAGUCAACCCGUCCUCAAGAAUCUGACUCUGACUAUCAAGCCCGGGGAAAAGAUCGCGCUGUGCGGUCCGUCGGGGAGUGGCAAAAGCUCACUGAUCAUGACCCUCCUGCAGAUGACAGAAGUCAAGGGAGGCUAUGUCUUGAUCGAUGGGCAGGACUUGACAUCCGUACCGCCGUCGGAUACCCGCUUGCGACUCAAUGUCAUCCCCCAAGACCCAUACUUUGUGCCGGGCACCAUCCGGCUCAAUCUCGACCCCCAUGCGGCUGCCUCUGAUGACGAGAUAGUCCAUGCAGUGAAGAGAGUUGGCUUAUGGGAGCAGAUUCAGACAAAAGGUGGUCUUGACGGAGACCUUGACGCUUCCAAAUGGUCCAUGGGCGAAAAGCAAUUGCUGGCAUUGGCGAGGGCGUUGUCUUCGCGAAGCCCCAUAUUGAUCCUCGAUGAAGCCACAAGCAAUGUCGACCGUGAGACGGAAUCCAUCAUGCAGGAAGUGAUAGAGACAGAAUUCACCAAGCAGACAGUGAUCAUGGUCAUGCACCGGCUCCGCUAUAUCACACGGUUUGAUCGAGUGGCUCUGAUGAAGAAAGGAGAGCUUGUUGAAUGCGAUAGUCCGUCUGCAUUACUUGCGCGGGAGUCUGAAUUCAAGGAGUUCUAUACCGCUUGA